AACUUUGAUAAAAUGCGGAACUUUGCUUUGCAGGGUUAUGGGAGGCAAGGAGAGAGAGAGAGGGACAAAGUCACGCUGAUAGAUAAAAGGUUAAUCCUAUAACAAGUCCUCAUACAUGUGGAGUCAAAGGACAGAGCGGGGGAGGGGGGGUGAAUGACAACAAGUGCACCCGUCAGAUCCGCCUGAUGGGCUUUCGGAGUAUGAAAAAGAAAGGAGAAACACUAACAGUGGUGGCGUUGGAAGACGGCAUUUUCAGUCAAGCUGCGUCUCUCCUUCAUGACUUCCACUCUGCAUGAUGACAAGUGUCUGCCGCUGCUCCCAUUGGCCGAGCCUGCCACCAAUCAGAGCGGAGGCAUGUAAGGCGCCUUUAGGUUAUCCCCCCCACACACAUUAAAAAAACAAAAAAAUAGAAGCAGAGGGAAGCAGAUAAAUCUUGAGUGAGGAAAAAGAGAAGAAGAAAGAUAAAGCUGACUUGACUGAAAACUUCUAUUCAAAGCUUCCCGUGAAGUGACACAUUUUGACGCUGCUCGUCAGCUGUUUGUUGUUGGAGACCACUGCAUUUCCUCCUCCUGGCUGCUGUGGAGUAGAAGAUCUUGGCUUCACAUCCAAUCCCCCCCCUCGCGAUUGGCUGUCACACUUUAGGCUCCCCCUCCUCUCCCUUUCUCUCCCCUCUUGUGCUCUCACUCCUCUGCCUGCAAGCACCUCCAUACUGUCCUCAGGCUUACCUGAGCCACCACUGCAGAAACACUGGAUUCCCUCCUUCACACACACACUCUCUCUCCUCCUCCUCUUCCUCCUCCUCCUCUUAACACAUAGUUUUUCACCUGGAGAGGGCAGGCACAGGGGACGGCAUGUGCAACAGCCGCAGCAGAAAGCUCUCCUCACAUCAAACGCUGCCUCUCUGAGUUUCCUCUGUCUGGAGAGAAGAGGGGAACUCUAAAUUUUGGAUCCAUUGUCUUUUAGCUGUAGUUGGAGAGACGGGUGCAGUGAGGGAACACUUGUCCAUCCAGAGACACCAAAGGCAGCACACACACAGCAUGAUUUUGGGAAGUAUCAACAGGGCUGGUGCAGCAGUGCCAACGUUCCUCCGGACCCCCACGGUGAUCCAGCCCCACCUGGACAUGAAGCCGUUCCUGCAGUUCCCCAUGGAAACGCCUCCUCCUCCACACAGCAUGAGCCUCUUCCACAACUUCAACACAAUGGACCCGGUGCAGAAAGCUGUCAUCAAUCACACCUUCGGAGUUCCUCUGGUGAAGACCAAACGACCCGUCAUCUCUUGCAACGUCUGCCAGAUCCGCUUCAACUCGGAGAGCCAGGCAGAGGCCCACUACAAAGGAAACCGCCAUGCCAGGAGAGUGAAAGGCAUCGAGACCUCCAAGAGCCGUCCUCAAGAGAGGGACAAGCUCCACACUCUACCCCCCACCUCAUCCCCAUCUCCCCCUGGAGCCCCUGGAAGUGCUACAGACAGUGAACCCAGCAAAGGGGAUGAAGUACAGCCUUUACCACAAAUAGAUGGAUCUCUACUGACUUCAGGAGCCCUUCCAUCAUUACCAGCCUCACCCACUCCACCCAUGGACUCCCCUGUGCCAUCAGUGUGUUCUCUCCUUCCGGCGCCCACUCCACCCCUGAACCCUCCAACCUCCUCCUCCCCAAGCGGUGGCGGCAGCAGCACCAGUUCUGAUCAGCCAGGAUCUGGACCUGCGGUCACGGCAGCUGCUGGCACCUCCACUUCCAGCAGCCCGCCUAACCCGGAGACGGAGGACGACAAAGCCAAGAAGCUGCUGUACUGCUCGCUGUGCAAAGUGGCCGUCAACUCCUUGUCACAGCUUGAAGCCCACAAUAAAGGUACUAAACACAAAACUAUCCUGGAGGCACGGAGCGGGCUGGGCCCCAUAAAGGCAUACCCACGCCUAGGCCCCAAACCUAAUGGAGAGCAGGGAGGGGGGCCAGUGGACCCCAACACUCAGGAAAGAACCUUCCACUGUGAAAUCUGCAAUGUGCGGGUGAAUUCUGAACUGCAACUCAAACAGCACAUAUCAAGUCGAAGGCAUCGGGAUGGUAUGGCGGGAAAGCCUAACCCCCUCCUCAGCCGACACAAGAAGCACAGGGGAGCUGAUCUGACGUCUUCUUUGACCUUCUCCAAGGAUCUCACCAAAGCUUUGGGUGCGGGGCUCUUGCCCAGCCCUUUGGCUGUCGCCGCCGCAAUGGCUGCUGCAGCAUCCUCAAAUCCGCUGGCUAUCCGCGCAGCUGCUCCUGGGCACCAUCCGCACCCUCAUCACCUCUUACAAGGCCCACACCUGAGCCACGCUAUCCUGAGACCGGCCCCCGGGCCGAUCCGCACCACCCAUGGGCCAAUCCUCUUUUCCCCCUACUGAAACCUCAUUGUGGGAUUUUAGCCAGUCAGGAACAUCCACUCCAAAAGCACACUGUGAAGCUACAAAAUGAUCAACAAACAGCAACUGACAGGUGGAAAACAAUAAAAAAAAUAUAUACUGUAAUUUUCAAAAAGAAGGAAAGCAGCAAUGAAAGGAGUAUUCUGCCCCUUUUUCCCUUUACCUGAAACUCUCCAUUCACCCACUGUCUUUUUCAAAAACAUUUAGGAUCUGCAGAUGGAACAAGUGGAGAGAUAAAAUAAUUAUGCAUUGAACUCCAUUUUGCUUUUCACACUUCCUCGGGGCGUACCCUUGAACUGUGCUCCGAAGAAAUACGACAGACCUUUCAUGAAACUUCAAACCAUGCAUAGUGCAACACUGCUAAUCCUCUGUCACCACGACAUCGCCGUGUUCCUUCCAUCCUAUGCACAUCAAAACAGUGAUGUUUUGUCAGUAGGGUAGCAGCUUUCAUCGGUCUUUGUAUGCGCCACGUGCAGCUGUGGCAUCCUCCAUGGUACUGUACAUGUCCUGCUCCAGAGGUCAGCCGCGCUUCCAUUUGUGACACUACAUUGCGAGAUGCAACAUGACUUUGGCUGACGAGCAGGUGGUACUCGUGUCUGACAGGAUGGUUAUGAGAGCAGAACAGUGACUGUGGGGGAUUACAGUCCUUUGUCGUUUCCGGAGAGGUGAGGUGAGAGGAUGAAUGGCAUGGGUCAGUGGAUGGAUUGACCACAGGCAGCAUGCAGUCCUGAGCGAGUCUGUGAUUUAAAAUAGACCGUACCAACAAAAGCCUGCUGGAGGGCGUAUCUGCCAACCUCCAUAUCAGUCAGUCUGGGCUCAGCUAAUGCAAAAGGGGAUAAGGAAGUAGCAAAAAUCAGUUCCAAGCUUCUGUACUCAUAAACUGACUUCUUCUUCAGAUUUAUUCAUUUUUAGUGAAUGAAUUCUAUAUUAAAGUGCAACCAAACACUGCAAUAUAGAGGGCAUAGGUGAUCUCUUCGCAAUAUCAAAAAAGUUGACAUCCCCACAUCCUCCUGGUCUUCAUUUUCCGGCUGAUUCACUCUGUAGGUGUGCAGGUAUGACUUCGAUGUGACCCUGUGUUCUGAUGGAUUUUCCUCUACACAUCUUCCUAAUAAGGCUCUGCAGGAACAGGAUUGUGCAUUACUAGGUUCCCAUUCUUGCGCUGCCCCCUAUUCCUCACCUAACUGGCAUCCAAAGGUCAUUUAAGUCAAUUACAGAAAAGCAAUCGUGGCAAUUUGGCAGAACGUAACGUGAAAGAAAACAAAUUAAACCAAGGGAGAUGAAAGCCAAAUAGAUUCUAAGAAACAUGAUCUUGAGCUGGAGCGACAACCGAGCCAGAAGCCAAGAGAAGCCACCCCGAGUGGGAGCCGAGACGUCCAGCUCAGACCAUCUCUUGAUACUUCCUGUCUUACAACUGAAAGCCAUGAAAUGCACCAUGAUUUGUUUUUCCUUUACAAAGACUGGUAAGCACUUUGUUUUUAUUGGUUUGGACUGUUGGUCUGUGUUUAUAUCACACAUAAAAUUAGCAAAAAUAGAAAAUACAUGAAUAUUUUUGUAGGUAGCAAACGUUAUUGUCAUCCAUGAAGGGAAGCUAAAAAAUAAAAAUGAGGGGUGGAAGGACGGCUACAGGCUCUGUAAGUCAUCCGGACAGAUUGACAAACAUGCAGGAGCAUCAGGAGAGCCACAGAAACUCUUGCCUGAUAGCUUGACACUAACAACCCCUUCCUGAAAAGGUGUACACUGUGCCCUUUCAUUGAGAAGCAAUGAGCUCUUAUGUCUUACCUUUGUUUGAAUAUUGCAAUGCAAUGAGCAAUUUUUAUCAGUGACUUGUUAUCAUUGUGACAUGUUGUCUGGAGUCAUGUGUAAACCAGGAGCAUGCCAGCUGACAGACUUUUCUGUUCUUCCAUGGGGAGUCCUCCAGAGGGUUGAGGGUGGGGGGGUAAAGCAACAGAUGGAGGGCUAGUUUGACACAGGGACUGACCCUUCAUAUUAAAGGGCCUUUUAACAAUGGGAAUCUCUGCUUGGGGAACAGGGUACACAAAAAAAAUAAACAUGCAUCAAGGGAUUUGAGACCUGUUCAACAGGAUUGUUUUUAUUUGCAUUUACUGAGUUUUGCUUUUUUUCUUUGUGUGAAAAGUGUCUCUAAGUGAAAACCCAGUGGAACAUUACUAAUGCCAUUACUAAAAGAAGAGGUUGGCCUUGUUGCCCGCUUCCACCAUUGUGCUCUUUCUUUGUUGCAGAGAGUAAUCAUUAAAUUCAUUUUGUGAGUGAGAAAAUAUUCCAGGAUUUGUGCUUGACUUUCUGUUGGUGUGUGAACUAUAUGUAUUCUGGUUUAUGCUGCUCCUUCUCCUAAAGGGAAGAAGCAACCUAAUACUAUAAAGUGGCCUAACACUAAAACGAAAAUCAGAAAUCUGUUGGCUGUAGAAAGGCUAAUCAGCUAUCGAGGAUCAUAUCAACGGCUCGUUCAUAUUACUGCAUUGUGGUCCAAUCAAGGUGGGUCGGUCAGAAAGCACCAGAAACAUGUUGUCAUUGAUAUGUUCAUCACGUGGUAAAUGCCAAUGAGUCAUUCUCAUUAUGCACAUUUGGGAAUUAAAUGUUAGUCCUGUUUUCUGAGCAGGUGCAUCAUGUUAGCUGUGUUUAGGCUCCUAGCCUUAGCCUUAUUCUGCCCUCAAUCUCAGAGAGAUGAAGAGGCUUUGGUGUAAUUUCAUUUUGCCAAUAAAGUUAUUUUUGAACGUCAUUAACUAAGGGAUGACAAGUUUGUAUGGCGAACUGUAGCAAUACCUGAAUCAUUCUGGCUACUCUCGUUUUUUGCAAUAAGAAACUGAAAUGUGUAUGUGAGUACAACAUUAUAAAUGUAAUUUAAGUGAAAAAAAUCUAUGGGUCUCAAGAGAAUCCAUGAUGGAAAAAAAAAGUAAAUGUCAAUAAAAUAUUCAAUGGAAAAGCA